AUGGCCCAGCGAAGCCCAAUCUUCCCAACUCUUGGCCCUUCUGAAAGACGGGUUCGAAACAUACCGCUGCAUAGCCAGGCGUUGACAGCGGUCCCAUUGGCAUCUGCAAGCCUGGUGGAUCAGCUGGAAGACAGAAUCCUAAGCCAUGAGAAAACAACGGCAGCGCUUGUGGAACACGCUUUUCGUAUUAAGGAGGACAUUGUUUCCACUCUGCACAGAAUGCAGAACAAAGGGGGGGGUGACCGGUUGGCUAGGCAACUCUUGGAAGAACAUAUCCGAAACAUAACGGCGAUAGUGAGGCAGCUUAAUCGGGACAUUGAGAUGCUGCAGGAACAGAUUCGUGUCAGAGACAAUCUCAGCUAUGGAACAAAUUCCACACUGAAGAGUCUCGAAAUGCGGCAGCUUUCUGGCUUAGGAGAUCUUCGGGGAAGAGUUGCAAGGUGUGAUGCUGGGUUAGCCAGACUGUCUGCAGAGCACAAAAUUACGUAUGAAAGACUUCAGAGCUUAAGUAAAGACCAACACACCUCCAAGCUAAUCUUGGAAUCUAAAAUCAAAGAGGCAGAAAUACAGAUUUCUCAUCUUCUGAGCAGAGUGGAGCAAUCAAUAAUGCAACAAGAAGCAAAGCUGAAGAUUGCCUACAAAGAGAGCAACCAACAGCUCCACCUUCUGGAUAUGAAAUUAAAAAAUGCUAUUGAGGAACUCAGCAGCCAGAUUUUGUCUGCACGUAGCUGGUUGGAACAGGAACAUGAAAGGAUUGAAAAAGAGCUUGUGCAAAAAAUUGACCAACUCUCAUUGACUUUUAAGGAAAACACUGAAAUGAGUGAAAGAGCUAUAGAGAUGAAAUUCAACCAAAUGGCAGAGAAAAUUGACAAAAUAGAAGAAAUACAGAAGAUAACCAUGGAAGCACACGAAGCAAAACAGACUGAAGAAAAGAUAAAUAUUCGCAUUGGCAAACUUCAAAAUGAGAUAAAUGAAGAUAUAAAAGACAUGAAAGCUGAAGUUAAUGCUGGAUUUUCAGCUAUCUAUGAGAGCAUUGGGUCUCUACAGCAAGUUCUGGAAGCAAAAAUGAAGCUGGACAGAGAUGAACUACAGAAGCAGAUCCACCAAAUGAAGCAGGAGGCUCCGGCAUGGGGAGAGGCUGGGCCAUGACUGGAAGGUUUUGUCUAAGAGAUUAAUGUUUACUGGGCUAAAUAGGCAGACUAUAAUCUUGUUCCAGUCUGCAAUCCAAAUUAAAUGCAUGUACUAAGUGACAUGCUGGUGUUGCACAGGUCUGUAUGUUGGCUUGAAGCAGUAAAUGCAAGCUCUUCACAGAGCAACUGACAACAAGCUUUUAUGGGCUGAGGUGCUGAUUUGCCACUGCACUACUCUGGUUGCUCUCAGGAUAUUAAGCACCAUGUAAAACUGGAGUAAUACACUG